AUGCAUUUCCAAUCCUUCUGUUUUGCAUCAGCCACGCUGGCCAUCGCCAUCAUGGCAGCCCCGAUCGUUGAACCCAGCUCACUUGCCGCAAGUCAAGCCAGUGUUCCUCGAGGCUUCUUUAAUAACAAUGAUGCGGGAUCAGAGGUGAAGAGAGGAUUCUUCAAUGACAACGACGCAGGAUCUAGUCAGAAGCGGGGAUUUUUCAACAAUAACGACGUAUCAGGUUCCUUGAAAGAGAAGAGAGGAUUCUUCAACAACAAUGAUGUAGGGUUAAAUGUGAAACGAGGAUUUUUCAACAAUGCAGAUGCAUCAGAUUCCCCAAAGGCCAAGAGAGGGUUCUUCAACAACAAGGAUUCAACAGCGGAAGUUUCAGAACGUGAUGAGGAGGUUAAUGAUGAUGGGUAUUAUUACACAUAUACAGAUAGCAACAAGUAA